AUGGCUGCCAACGCGGGACAAAUGACCCCAACACGAGUCCGCGAUGUUGAAUUGACAGAGUCAACUUUGACAUGGACGAACGCUGAUAAUACCAAGGAAGAUGCUACAACCCACGAGAUUCUCUUCAUCAUUGGCUCCUCUCCCGACCACACACCUAGUUUCACCAUAUUCUGCCUGAAAGAGGAUACGGAGAAUCAAACACGCCCUUUCCAGCUCCUCCUCCUCCAAACGGACAAAAUACCACAUGAGCUGAAGAAACUUGUCAUCACGGGCUUACCUCCCCAUUUACAACCUGCACCCAACAACACAGUUGAUAUCGUCGUCUCGACAAAAUCCGGUACCGGACUCGCACAAUUAUUCUGGCAAGAUGUACUCCAACCACUCCUCCAGUCUGCUUCCUCAAAGGCCGCCACGGAAGCCUACGAGGUGACAGUCACGCAAGACGCCCAAAGUGUCCGACAAUAUGCCACGACACUCAAGCAAUCAUCUGCCCCCCGAACUAUCAUCCUGCUCAGCGGUGAUGGAGGCAUUGUCGACCUCCUGAACGGACAUGAACCUGCCGCUGACGCCAUUCUCCCACUCAUUGCGUUACUUCCCCUAGGCACAGGAAACGCCUUAUUCCACUCCCUGCACAAACCAUGUGAAUCUGUUCCUGGACCAACACCACUCGUCCUCGCCCUGCGCACACUAUUUCUCGGUGUUCCAGCAAAUCUGCCCAUCUUCCAGGCAACUUUCACACCUGGCUCCCACAUCGUCACCUACACGGACCCAUCUCUCAGCACCAGCGAUUCACAACUCCCGCACAAGCAAGACGUCAAGACUCUCUACGGCGCAAUUGUAGCGAGCCACGGAUUCCACGCAAGUAUCGUCUACGAAAGCGACACGCCUACCUACCGCGUCCACGGCUCAAAGCGCUUCGGGAUGGUAGCCCAGGAACUAUUGAAGAUUUCGCAUCCCUACAAGGCAGCGCUGGAUGUCCUGCCUCCUUCGUCGGAUACGUUGGAGAGAGACCCGCAUGAUACACAUGGGUAUAUUUUGGUAUCGAUGGUGUCCAACUUGGAGAGCAAUUUCACGAUAUCGCCUGCUUCGAAGCCAUUGGAUGGGAAGUUGCACUUGGUUCAUUUUGGGGCGAUUAGUGGUGAUCGGGCGAUGGAGGCGAUGAUGAAGGCUUAUGAUGGGGGGAAACAUGUGGAUGUGAGGUGGGAUGAUGGCGAGAGAAUACGGUACGAGGAGGUGAGGGAGGUGAGGGUUGUGAGUGAGGAGGAGGAGGAGGAGAGGUGGAGGGUGUUUUGUGUGGAUGGGACGAUUGUGCAGGUUGAGAGGGGUGGGGGGAUGAGCGUUGGACGAGCGGAUAGGGAGCUGUUUAGGAUUUUGGUUGAUAGGAGGGUUUUGGGGAGUGAGGGUUGA